GAACUAUUCAUUCACGAGUCAUACAUCUCUAGCAGCAACCAAAACAACUGCACUUGACUUCCGGACCGCCGGUCAAACACCAUGGCGCCUGGUGUCGGACUGAUGUCGGUUCUCCUGCUGACACUUCCAUUGGUCACGUAUGCUGCAACACCCAGUUUCUCCAUUGAUUACCGUCAAAACUGCUUCCUUAAAGAUGGAGAGCCAUUUCGCUACAUCUCCGGCAGCAUCCACUACAGCAGGAUUCCCAGAGUCUACUGGAAGGACAGGCUACUCAAGAUGUACAUGGCUGGUUUGAACGCCAUCCAGACGUAUGUGCCAUGGAACUUCCACGAGCCGGUGCCUGGUCAGUAUGACUUCAGUGGGGAUCGGGAUCUAGAGCACUUCCUACAGCUGUGCCAAGACAUCGGCCUGCUAGUUAUAAUGAGACCAGGUCCCUACAUCUGUGCAGAAUGGGAUAUGGGAGGUUUGCCUUCCUGGCUGUUGAGAAAGAAAGAUAUUGUCCUGCGAUCAUCUGAUCCAGAUUACAUUGCAGCUGUGGAUAAGUGGAUGGGGAAGUUGUUGCCCAUCAUAAACCAUUACUUGUACCAGAACGGUGGACCCAUCAUUACUGUGCAAGUAGAGAAUGAAUACGGCAGUUACUUUGCCUGUGAUUAUAACUAUAUGCGGCAUCUCAGCCAGCUGUUUCGCUCUUAUCUGGGUGAAGAGGUGGUCCUGUUCACCACAGAUGGAGCGGGUGUGGGUUAUCUCAAGUGUGGAUCCCUCCAGGGCAUCUAUGCCACUGUUGACUUCGGACCAGGUUCAAACGUGACUGCUGCUUUUGCAGCACAGAGACAUGCAGAGCCACGUGGUCCUUUGGUGAAUUCUGAGUUCUACACAGGCUGGUUGGAUCACUGGGGCAAGAAACACUCUGUCAUUCCCACAGCUGCUGUGGUCAAGAGCCUUAAUGAAAUUCUGCAAGUGGGAGCCAAUGUUAACUUAUAUAUGUUCAUCGGUGGAACUAACUUUGGCUAUUGGAAUGGUGCCAAUUCUCCUUAUGGUCCUCAACCAACCAGCUAUGACUAUGACGCCUCGCUUACAGAAGCUGGAGACCUGACAAAGAAGUAUUUCGCCAUAAGAGAAGUCAUCAGCAUGUACAAAGAGAUACCAGAAGGAAUACUGCCUCCAUCAACACCUAAAUUUGCUUAUGGGCAAGUGCAAAUGAAAAAGCUCAAGACCGUGUCUGAGUCUUUAGAUUUAAUAUCUGUCUCUGGCCCUGUAAAAACUCUUUACCCACCAACAUUUACUGAAAUGAAUCAGGGGUUUGGCUUUGUGCUGUAUCAAACUGUGUUACCCUUCAACUGUUUGAAGCCCACCCCGCUGUCGUCUCCACUAAAUGGAGUCCAUGAUCGGGCAUAUAUAUCCAUUGAUGGUAUUGCUGCUGGUAUUUUGGAGAGGAACAAGGCACUCACCAUCAAUAUAACAGGAAAAGCUGGCAGCCGUGUGGACAUCCUGGUGGAGAACAUGGGCAGAAUCAACUACGGCAAAGAAAUUAAUGAUUUUAAGGGCCUGGUGUUUAAUCUGACUCUGGGUGCUGAUUUUCUGAGUAAUUGGACGGUGUACUCUCUGAACAUCGAUGAAGCAGUGCAGCAGGGCCUGUUGUCGGCAUCGAGCAGAUUCAUCUCCACCUCCAGCAGGUUCGCCACCUCUCCUCCUACUGUGCUUUCACCUCCAACCUUCUACGCUGGCAGCUUCAUCAUCCCUAACGGCAUUCCUGACCUCCCUCAGGACACAUACAUCCAGUUUCCCAACUGGAGGAAGGGUCAAGUGUGGAUUAACGGUUUUAAUGUGGGCCGCUACUGGCCGUCCCGUGGGCCACAGGUGACCCUCUUUGUCCCAGCCCACCUGCUCAGCACCUCCGUCCAAAACAACAUAACUGUUCUGGAGUUGGAGGCGUCACCUUGCUCCUCUGGUUCCUGCACGGUGGAGUUCACUGAUACUCCCAUCAUAAACGCCACAGUGAAGUCAACCGGCCUCUACAAGAGAGGUCCAGCAGACUUUUGGAGUAGAACGAUAUUAGAUUAAAACAUGCACAUUACACAUUUGUCUGAUUUAAAGGAAUCUAAAACAUGAAGUAGGAAGUUGUGAAGAAUAUGACACGCAUCAGUACUGUAUGGAAUAUAUGAUCACUGUGAAUGUACAGUAACAUCUCGCCAAUUCUCAGGUGUCAAAGCUGCUUAGACAAGGAGCUGUGAUCUUAAUUUUAAUGCACUAGAUCUCUGCUGAAAUCCUUCUAUUCUUUGCACUUUUAAUGAUUUUAAAUAAUACUAGAAAUCUAGAAGGCUUUAUUUAGCCAAUUUAGCCAAUUAAUUUUUGCAAAUGUUGGAUACUGCUUUUUAAUAUGUCACUAUAAAAUAUUGAUGAAUGUUUUUGUAUUUGUAUACCGUAUGUCUUUUUAAUUGUACUGUUAAAGCCAUACAGAAAUCUUUCAUUGUUUGUAAAAUAAACGACGAUUUUAUACAUGCAGACUUCA